AUGGGUGCGUUCCCCCGCCAAAAGAGGAGACAUAUCUCUGAGGAGGAAGGCGAGUGCAGAGCAUUCCCGCAGCGGAUUUGCCUCUGCCACAUGCAGUACCACGCCAGCGGGCUGUACCAGCGCGGUGCUGACGAGGAAGGAUUCUUCGGAUUCCUCUUCCCCAGCGUUGAGCAGGAGCUGCAGCGCGUGGCACAGAAGAAAUGCUGCGUCUGCCGGAAGCAGGGCGCCUCGGUGCGCUGCCAUUGCCGCAGAUGCUCCCGCACCUUCCACUACCCCUGCGGGAGAGAACGCGGCUGUGUCUCCCAGUUCUUCGGGGAGUACAGGUCCUUCUGCUGGCAGCACCGUCCGACGCAGCAGGUGAAGCCGCUGCAACGGGAACAGCCCCAGUGCGCCAUCUGCUUGGAGGCGGUGGAGGGACGCCCCAGCUACCACCCUCAUCUGUCCCUCCUGCACCAGCGUGCAGUUCCACCGCCACUGCAUGCAGGUAGGCAGCAUUGCCUCCAGACCACAACAGCAUCGUCACCCAACCCUGCCGCCCUGGCAUCAUCCCCGGCUCUGGGGCAACGCGCGCGGACCCCCAGCUCACGUUCUGCCUUCCCCAGGGCCAAGCUCUGCGCGCUGCCCUGCACCACUUCUGCUGCCCGCUCUGCCAGGACAUGCAGGCCUUCAAGGCAGAGAUGUUUUGCCUCAGCAUCAAAAUCCCAGACAGGUCAGCACCCCCCAUGCCACCACCUCCUCUUGCACCGCGCUCAGCUGUCCCCGGCUCCCUCCCACAGGGAUGCAGCCUGGGAGGUGGAAGAGGGCGCCUUCCACAACCUGUACCAGCGGCACAGCUCCUGUGACACCGACCUGUGCCUGUGCCCGAUAGGACGGGACUAUUCUGAGAACACGGGGUGAGCGUGCUCCGACACAAAAGCCAUGGUGACCUGGUGCUUUCAUCCCCUCCUUCCAGCUGGGAUGGAGGCUGGCCAGGAUGCUGAGCUCAGCACGGCACAA